AUGACGUCUAUCGGUACAGGUUACGAUUUAUCCAACUCGGUCUUCUCGCCAGAUGGCCGCAAUUUCCAGGUGGAGUACGCCGUGAAGGCCGUCGAGAAUGGAGGAACAGCUAUUGGCAUUCGAUGCAAGGACGGAGUCGUCUUGGCCGUUGAGAAAAUCAUCACUAGCAAACUUCUUAAGCCUGGUGCGAAUAAGAGAAUUGCAACCGUGGAUCGCCAUGUUGGUAUUGUAUCGGCUGGACUCGUUCCCGAUGGGCGCCAUUUUGUUUCCAGGGCCAGAGACGAGGCCUCCUCAUGGAGAGGUGUUUACAAAGGUCCCAUCCCCACCUCCGCACUCGCGAACCGCCUCGGAGGCUACGUACAAGCUUAUACCCUUUACUCAAGCGUACGGCCAUUUGGUGUGGCAUCUAUUGUUGGAGGCUGGGAUAGCGAAGCGGAGCUUGCGGUUGACGGACAGGUCGGCUCAGGUCCCCAGUCUGGCGCGGGCGGUAAGGUCGAGGGCACCAAGGCUGGAGGCCCUGGUCUGUACAUGAUUGAGCCUAGUGGACUUUACUGGGGUUAUUAUGGUGCGGCCACCGGUAAAGGCCGCCAGGCGGCCAAGGCUGAACUUGAGAAACUAGAUCUGAGCUCCGGUACACUUUCCUUGCUGCAAGGUGUCAAAGAGGCCGCAAGAAUCAUCUACGUGGCACAUGAGGACAGUAAGGACAAGGAGUUCGAGUUGGAAAUGACAUGGAUCAGCUCGCUCGAUGGCCCAACCAAGGGCCGACACGAGGAAGUGCCUAAGGACAUCCUAGAGGAAGCCGAGCGGGCAGCCAGACGGGCAUUAGAUGACGACGAGGAGGAAGAGGAUAGGGGACAAGAGGAGCAGAUGGAACAGUGA